ACCUAUUUUCAGAUGUUAAGUCCAACGUAUAAAUCUCGCAGUGAAGAUUAUCAUAAAAUAUUUAAAGAUGUUCCGAAAGAUGAAAGAUUAGUUGUUGAUUAUUCCUGUGCUCUACAAAAAGAUAUAUUAGUACAAGGUCGUAUGUAUAUUUCACAAAAAUGGAUCUGUUUUUAUGCUAAUAUAUUUCGUUGGGAAACUGUGCUAUGUAUACCGUGUUCAGAAAUAACAGCUAUAACAAAAGAAAAAACAGCAAGAGUAAUACCAAACGCUAUACAAAUAACAACAGAAAAAGAGAAAUAUUUCUUCACAUCAUUCGGAGCCAGAGAUAAAACAUAUAUGAUGUUAUUUCGACUCUGGCAAAAUGCUCUUCUUUCAGAGCCAAUGAAUCCUAAAGAACAAUGGCAAUGGAUUCAUUAUAGUUAUGGUGAAGAAUUAGGUCUCACUUCUAGUGAUGAAGACUAUGUAGCUCCCCCUGGUAUGGAUGAUCUCAUCAUGAAAGACAAGUUAUCUUCUCCUGAAAUGCCACCAGAAUUAACAGAUUCCUCUGAUCUACAUGGUACAUCUGAAAUGUUAACUAUGGCUAGUAAUGAUGAAGAUCCUAUACCAUCAGAUGAAGUAUUUAGUCAGCCUGGUCUGUCAUUAGAGUCACCUCUACCUCUCAAUGUAACUACUGAAAUACCUACUGACUUUGGUGAUACCACUGAGGAUAGUGAAGGUGAAGUAGCAUGUUCUGGACAUGAUCAUCUAGAGAAACUAUAUGUUGAUGAAGUAUUUAAUAUGAAUAUAGAUAAAAUGUUUACCUUAUUGUUCACUGAUACACCAUUCUAUAGGAUAUUUGUAGAAUCUAGAAAAACAUUUGAUUUAGAUAUACCAAGUUGGGGAGAGGAAGUAGAUGAGGAUGGUAACAGAGUUCGUACAAUACAUUAUACAUUAUCAUUAAAUCAUUCUAUAGGACCAAAAACAUCUCCAUCAUCAGAGAGACAGACAUGUUAUAAACAGAGUAAACCUGGUAUAAUAUAUGUUGUUGAUUGUCAGUGUGAAAAUAAUGGUAUACCCUACGCUGAUUCCUUUUUUGUGGUCACCCAAUACUGUUUAACACGUGUCACUAAAGAGAAAUGUCGCCUGCGUGUUACUGGUGAAAUAAAAUAUAGAAAGUCUGUAAUGGGCAUUGUUAAAAGUAUGAUAGAUAGAUCAGCUGUGGGAGGAUUAACAGAUUAUUUUCGUGAUUUAGCCGUCCAUUUACGACGAGAGGUGGAAGAGAAUGAAAAACUAUUAGGUCAUACAAUUGCUAAGAAAAAGUUACGGAAACGACGAAAACCUACAACUACAACCUCAGAACCACUGGUAACAUCACGUCAGACAGAUAGACAAAUAUCUUCUCCUCCCUCACCACAUAGAAGUAAGGCUCAGAAAUUUUCACUAUUAUUUCUAGUGUUGUGUAAUGCUGUGUUAUAUUAUAAACUAUGGUCUUUAGAACAUUAUACUUCAAAUAUAUACUCUUCUAACUCAGCUCAAAUAUUAGAUAAUCUGGCAAAAUAUCCAGAAUCACGUGAAGAAUGGUUUAAAUUAUUGAAACAACAACAAUUAUUACAUGAUAGUGAAAUAGAUAAAUGGAGAGAAGUAUUGUCAGCAUCUAUAGUCUUGGUUGAUCAGAUGAAAGGAACAUUGGUUCAUCUGCAUGAUAGUUUAGAGGGUCGUUUAAAAAGUGCUACAACAGACAGAAAACCCAACAGUUGA